AUGGACUACGACAGGUACGAUGCGACUCUCCACUACAUCUUCAAGCAGACACAGGGAGAUGCAUGGUUUCGCCCGAAUGAGGAGAACCUCUCCUGCGGUGUCUGCCUCCGCAUAGACGACGGCUCCUUCCGCGUCUUUCCCUACGAGAAUGCCGCCCUUGAGCCUUUCGAGGUAGCCGUCUCCCAGCUUAACCCUGCGGUAGCCGUCAAGGUCCGUAGCGCUGCUGUUCAUGCAUGUCUUUCCGAAGGUGGUCCAGAGGACAAGAGCAUCUACGUCGACUCCGACACGCGCAUACAGAUCCUCGACUCCAUGAUAUACCUCCCCCAUGCAGAAAAGGAACAGUCUGCUGCCUUUAUUCGGGACGAGCGUGUGCUGAUCGUCUGGUCAGAGACCCUCGAGGGUAUCAUCCCUACUGCCCGUGAUUUCGAGGACCGUCUCAUCCGCCUCCUUUGGCGCUCGCGCCCUCCCCUCAGCGCCCUCUCGACGGGCACAACACCAUCCGCGGCAGGCUCAGUCUCUGGCCACUCACACCUGGGACGGUUCUCAUCGGGUCCAGACCCCGAGAAGGCUCUUCCACUUGUAACCAAAGGGGAAAACCAGACGCAGCCAGCACGUUACAAGCGUACCUGGUAUGGCCGGAAGGUCAUCGUUCCUCCAUCUGACAAGGAGAGUGCCCUGGAUACCGCCGAUGUUGGCCCCGAGAAGCGACCAACUAUGGUGUAUGCGCCAAUAUACAAUGGUCUUGCUGCUGGGCUUUCGAUGCUCUACAUGGGAAACGCUGUUCGCACCCUGAUCAUGGAAUGGCGUCUGGACGGCCAAUUUUCUCGCUUUGCUCUCGUCGCUGUCAUCCCGCUGUUAUUUAGCGUCUCGCUCUUUUUCAACAUCCAGCUCAUCCAGAACUUCACCAUGGCUUUCGGUCCUAUCGCUCAUUACCACAGGAACUCGAAGUAUUACUCCGCAAUUCCGCCACGCCCGAAUAAGGUGGUCGACAGCGAUCUACCCCAUAUUACCGUUCAGAUGCCCGUGUACAAGGAGGGCCUCGAGGCAGUGCUCAAACCGUCAAUUGAGUCAUUGAAGAAGGCCAUGCAAACGUAUGCCCGCCAAGGUGGCACGUCUUCCAUCUUCGUCAACGACGAUGGACUUCGCCUGCUGCCCAAAGAAGAGGCCAAUGCCCGCAUCCAGUUCUAUGCCAACCACAAUAUCGGCUGGGUUUCACGCCCCAAACACACCUUCAACUCCAAAGCGAAGGCCGGCGACCCUCAAGCGCGCGGCUUCAAUCGUCCAGGACGUUUCAAGAAGGCUAGCAAUAUGAACUACGGUCUCAACAUGUCCUUGCGCAUGGAACGCAUUCUCGAACGUCUGCAGGCGGAACGCGACUCGGUUUCUGGUGAUGGUUACCGUAGUUCUGUCGUCACUGACAGCUCUAGCAUCCCGGCUCCCGCACAGGGCACCCACGGCCUGCAAUACCAGAACCUCGAAGGCGACAACCAGGGCGUCGUCCCUCUGUACCUCCCACCCUCCGCAGCAUCUGCAUCCAACGGCUCCAACCAGGGCACGCGGUCUAACACGCCUAUUCCAGGCUCGACGCACGCGUCGAGCGCCGGGUAUUAUUGCGAAGACCUCGAGGAGCGCGCUCUGCAGAUGGCGAUGGAGGAGGUCUUCCAGGACUCGGGAUGCGUGUUCCGCCCCUGGGCGGCGAACGCGCGCUCGUGCCGCAUCGGCGAGAUUGUCUUGAUUGUCGACUCGGACACCAUCGUGCCCGAGGACUGCUUCCGCGACGCGGCACGUGAGCUCGCGGAAUGUCCCGAGGUCGGAAUCAUCCAGCACGAGAGUGAGGUUAUGCAGGUCGCGCACCACUACUUUGAGAAUGGGAUUGCGUACUUCACGCGCAGGAUUAACAAGUGCAUUUCAAUGACUUGUGCGAACGGAGAGGUUGCGCCGUUUGUUGGACACAAUGCCUUCAUGCGUUGGAAAGCCUGCCAAGACGCCGCAUUCAUCGACCCCGCCGAUGGCCAAGAAAAGAUAUGGUCCGAGUCGAACGUCUCGGAGGACUUCGACAUGGCGCUCCGUUUGCAGCUCAAAGGCUACAUCAUCCGCUGGGCGACUUACUCCAAGGGCGCCUUCAGGGAGGGCGUCUCGCUCUCGGUCGACGACGAGCUCAACCGGUGGCAGAAGUACGCGUACGGGUGCAGCGAGCUGCUCUUCAACCCGCUCAAAGACUGGUGGCGCAAGGGCCCGAUCAACCACCAGAUCCACCAGUUCAUGUGGUCUAGCGCGCCGGCGCACUACAAGAUCUCGAUGUUAUCGUAUAUGUUCUCGUACUACGGUAUUGCGGGGUCAAUCACCAUCGGCGUGAUCAACUACGUUCUGCUUGGGUUUGAGUUUCCUGUGGACGGCUUUUACAUGCACUCGUUCGAGAUCUGGAUUGCAACUACGGUUGUGUUCUUUGGUGCUGGCAAUGUUGGGUAUACCCUUAUGCAGUACCGCCUCGGUACGAAGAACAUCGGUUGGGCACUCCUCGAGAACCUGAUGUGGGUUCCGUUCUUCUUCUUCUUCUUCGGUGGCCUCGGAAUCCCGCUCUCGCUGGCGAUUCUCGCACAUCUGUUCUCGUACAACAUUACGUGGAGCGCGACUAUCAAGGAGGUAGAGAGGUCCAACUUCUUCAAGGAGGUCCCAAAGAUUUUCAAGCGAUUCUGGUUUCCUCUGCUUGUCUCAAUCAUCAUCAUUGCCGGCAUGAUCAUCGCGAGCACGCCACUGGUGCCAUAUCAGUGGUCUGUCACGGGCACCGACGGCUGGGCUGUCAUCCUGCCGUUAUCGUAA